GCGUGACAUCAACAGACGACGUGCGAGCGAAGCCUGGGCCAAUGCUGCUGGAGGGGGGCGGUUACGGAUCAAGCUCGGCGAUACCAAUGUGGACAUGAUUGGAUGUUCGGUGGAGAAUCGAAAUUCGCAAGUGCAGGCCUGCACUUGCUUUGGGGGUCCGGCCGUCGUGAAGUCCGAUGAGGUCCUCAGGCCAACCCAAACUCAUCCCCCCCCGGAAGAGAGGUAACAUAGAGGACCCCGCGUCCAAUUUUCGUCUCUUGGUGUGCAAAGAAAGAAGAAAGAGGAGAAGGAGAUGGUCACGCUUGAGAGGUAGGUCCCGGCCCAACAACACAGCGCCAACACCGACUUCGGUGAUGGCGUAUGCCCGAGAUCACCCGCUGCCAUUCGAGAGAAGCUUGUAUCACCCCAUGUCCAAGUCGGUGGCACAGGUCCAGCCCCGAAGACCGAAGCCAAUCCCGAGGAGUAAAAGGUGCGGAGACCCUCUGUCCGCCGGAGCCUCAACGAGCAGCACCUUAUCUCGACCCCAACCCAUCCUGCCCGCUGGCCGACGUUUCCUUCGACUGAUCCUGCUGUCUGUCUUUAAUUCUCCCCGAGCCUUCUCACAACGGACCUCUUCAGAGCCACAAGUCGGCUUCGUCUCCCAGCAAACGCCUUGGUGGGGCUCUGUGAAGCUUCAGCGCCGAGGCCGGAAAGUCGUGCCCGUUCCGGCCUCGGCGCUAAAGACCGUGGCGUUGCCACGCCGGGAAGAUGGCUCAAGUUCCCGUGACAGCUACCGUAUAGAAGACCGCCAACGCACAUCCCAUGGCAUCUACGAAACAUCUGGACCUGUCUUCCUGAAAGCCAUUAAUAAUCGAGUGACACACUCGGAACAGUCGGCAAGUUCAGACUCUCACGAUAUUGCUAUGUACGUGAUCGCUGUUUGCUUUAUGACGUCGAAGAGAAUGUCUGUUUUGGAGCAAAUAAAACCUCACUAUCCGAACUUGAACACGUAUCUUCGAAGAAUCCAGCCGAUCAGAAAAUUAUAGACGAUCCUCCGUAUAGAAACGACAGACAACUGCCAUUUUGCAUAUCCAAGUUUGAAGGUGCAAGCCGCCGCGAGUCACGCCGAACCCACGCAUCUGAAGAAACUGUACAGGUCGUUCGUAAAGUCAGCAGCGUACCAGACAAUAUAUAGCACACUCUUUUCACCAGCCUACAUCUUUCCUGUCGA